AUGCAAAGUCGCUGUCUUCUCACCUUCUGUACAGGUGUAUUCGGAUAUUCUCUCCUCUCUCGUUGUACAGUAGUGCCGGACUGCGGUAUUACAACUUCUUUCAUUGGUCAAUCGUACAACAAGUAUGUCGGCGUAAUCUUGAGGCAUGAAUACAUUUCGGAAGCUGACGUUUACCAGAGAGCCGAAGCUAUGCAAAUCUUUGAAGACUACGGCAGAAAUUCGGACGAUUCUCUCAUCAAAGGAAAGUUCUUCUCGAAUCGCGACUUCAAAGCCAUUUGGUUGACGCGAGAUAUACGCGACGAGCUGAAGAUGCUGUCGAAUGUGAUAACACUGCAGCAAGAUGCUCUGGUCACGCUCGACCAUAAAUUCUGCAAGGAGGAACUCAAGUCCUCGGCCAGGCGAUACGAAAGGCUCAUAGAAGAGACGCAGGCCGUUGAGGAAAUGGUAAGUAUUCUCCGCAGUCACUUGGCAAGGUCCAACACUGACUUUGCUAUCUCAGCUAGCCAAGGCCUUGGACAUCAAGCAAGCUUUGAUAGGUUUGCAUCAGAACAAGAUUAG